GUGAAAUGAUGAAAUAAAAGCGCGAAAAGGACUGGAGACCAGUGGAAAUUUUGGCGCGAAAAAGAUAAACAAAAAUGGCCGAAUAUUUUCCAUUUCAAAAUUUUCAGCAAUAAUUUAUAUGUUUUCUACAAAAUGGGCGAUUUAUUUAGGAAAAGAAAGCCUAAUUCUUGUAGCAGAAUACGGUGAAUCAACGUGGAAUGCUUUAAAACCAUGGCUGCGAAGGGAAUGAUGACCAAAAUUAAGACAAAUCCAUUUGAUUUGAAGGAAGUAUUUUAUACCAAUCUCCUGUUGUUAGGUUUUGACGGCGAAGCUCAAGAGGCCAAGUAUAGAAUACCAUUUAAUAGUGAUAUGUUUGUGUAUCCCAACAAAAAAGCAAUGGAGGUUAUUCUUCAUUUCCUGUUUUGUAAUUUGGACGCACCACUGGCAUUUCAGGAAUUUAGAGACUGUUGGCCUGUUCAAGACAAAAAGAUGGAACAAGAGUUUAGGAAAUCUUGCAAUAGUUGGCUAACAAGAAUAUCAAAAGAAGAACCUGACUCCAGCUUACCCAGGAUUGGUCCAUCACUGUUUUUAUCUCCUGGAGGAGAGAGAUUUUAUGAGGUGAUGUUUUAUUUCUCAGCCUACGUGUUGAGACAAGUUGAUAUGCGGGAUCACAGUCAUGGUAAGAAAAAAUCAGCCCCACUUGGUUGUAAAAAGAUUACCAAGAUGCCCAAAUUGACGGACACCUCUUCCAAAGCCAUGCUUGUGAAGACGUUAACUGAAAGAAACAGAUUUUUUGAAAAUGUUCAUUGUGAUGUUGAGACUCAGGAACAUUGGAAGGCACAUGCAACGCUGUCUACAAAAAUUCAGAGGAAAAUUUGCAAAGAAAACAGAGAAUUGGAGAGGAGACUAAAUCCUACUGGGGAUAAAGAAAAAAGCAAUUAUCUUGAAGAAACUGAGGCUCUACGACGUAUCAUGCAACUACAAGAGGUGCGACGACUUUGGUCCACACUUGAGUCAUUUUACGAAAACACAAAAAAGAAGAGAGCGGUUUUGAAUGAGAUGCUUGAAAAUAAUGAACCUAGAUUUCAUUUAGAUGGUUCUUCCGUUCAUAUUCAGAUUCCUGAAGUCCUGACAACAAAAUAUGGUCAUGCGAUUCAAAUGAAAAACAUCAGAAAUACUUACAAGGAAGGAAAAAUGAACAUGUUAAGUUUGGUUCAGUUAUCAAAUCUGUCUCUCCAUGAACUAAAGGAAAGAAUCAGACAAGACGGUAUUCCUGAUUUCGAGCCUUUUAUCACAACAAUGAAGAAUGACGUUCGAGUUCAUGGAACUCACCUUGCACAAGCCAGAAGUCUUGGAGUGUCUCUAAAAAAUGAAUUUAUCCCAGAAUUGAAGAAAUCUAUUGAGAAACUGAAAGAAGAGUGUUACGCUAUGUUGAACGAAACAGUUUCUUCUCCAGAUGUUGCGCUGGAUUCGUUCGAUUUCGGUCUAGGUCUUCUUCCAGCCACUCCAUCACCUGCGUUCGCCACCGUGGAUCACCUUACUCACAGUGAUAGCAAAAUACCGCAGUUGUCCCUUAGAAAAACACCAAAAAAUCAAGCCACUCCGGAUGUUAUUGAGAAUCUCACAAGCAGUAUUCGGGAAAUGGUUGUAAGAGACAACCAACAACCAGAUCAAAAUAGUUUACCAUCAUCCGUCUCUAAUACAAGAUUCUUUGACACGAGAGAGACACCCAAACCAUUUGUAUCCAAGAUUCCAAAACCAGUGAAUCGUAGACUCAGUCGUACUCCGGAUGUAAAGAGAGAGAAGCCAGCAACAACGAAGGAGAGGUCGUUGACAUCAACUAAGAAACCUAGGAAGGUAAAAAUUGACGUGGCUAAGACCGAGGAAGACCACACAGAGAAAACAAUGAAGCUAAGAAUGAUGGAUGGAUCUCGAAAGAAGGAUGUUGAUGUACAAAAAUCCAACGAGGUGUCGAAUGUGAAAUCAGGGGCUGACCCGUUUAGAACGCCUUUAACACGAAAGACUAUUCUCGACGAGCGUCAUUCAUCAGCCAGAAACAUUUUAGCAGAGAAGAUUGCUGCAGCAGUGUUUUCAGAGGAGCCAUCAAGUUGCGCUGGUUCAUCACGAAGCUCAUCUGAGCAAAACUCACCCAAGGACUUGGCUAUUACUGACCCUAUUGGAAGUUUAAGUGUAGAGCCUUUUGUGUCGAAAGAUCUUAUUCCAAGAACCCCGUUUAAAAGAGAUCAAAUUUUUUCUGAUCUAAGUGAUGAAGAUACCCAUCCAGACGCCAAUACAAUUAUAAAUCCCGUAAUAGGAUCAACGAUGAAUAGGGACAAAGAUGACCAUAUCUCACCACAACACGUACACUCGAUGACCUCAAGUCGUACCUCGCUCUCAGAAUCACUCGUAUUAACAACUGAUCCAACUCUCGUCUUGAAACAGGAGUCACCCUCUCCCUCUCAACCAAUACAACAAAAUACCCCAGUUACCCAGGUCAUGUCACCUGUCCGAGACAAGCUAUUAAGUAGAACUCAGACGACUUCAGUCGAUACCUUAAUAAGUUCUACCUUGCCUCUUUCAACAAAAGGGAGCCCUCUCGUAUCGAGUGACCUUAUUUCGCAAUAUCAACGGCUUAAACAGGCACAAGGGAAGUUGAGGACUGAGUUGAAAGACGUUUUGGGUGAAACAAACUUCACUCGUUCUCCCCAAAGCCGUCCCGAAGUGACUGAGAGUCUCGUUAGCGUGUCCAAGGUGGUCAGUAUAUCUCGAAGUCAAUCACUACCUGUGACUACGUUACCGUUGAGUAGCAACCAAACUACAACCAAUCCUGUGUUGUUACGCUACAGACAGUGGAAGAACGCUCAAGAAACUAGUUCCAAAACAAUAACAACAACAACUAGUGCAGCAAGUUCAACCAGUACAGAGACCUUUUCAGAUGCACAAUCCACAGCGUUUUUGCGGUCAGUUCAGCUUCUCCCACACUAGAGGUAACGUCAUCUAUCCCGUUGCUAAGAAACCACGUAAGCCCUCAUGUAGCAAGCGUACAUUCACCUGAUAUGUUUCUGCCACAGAGCAAAAGUGACCUCAUUCGAACAUGUCAGCAAACAACUCAUGUGACUUACUCCAGGGGGUUUGCCACACCUAUGAUGUCAUCAGUGGGUGAUAUAUUUGAGUUUGGUCAAACCCCCCUGGAGCGCAUCGCCCCUCCUCUGGAUUUCAAUGGUAACUCCAUGGACCGUGAUAGGAGAGAAAGUGUCCGAUCACGAUUGUCCUUUGACUUUCCUGAUCCAUUGGUGGAGACCUCCGGGGGAGGACAGCAGUGGGUGUUAAACACCCCAAGUGCUAGGGAUAUUGAUAGGGUUAAAAUGGAUAUUGUUGGAGGAUUGAGAGGGCUUGAUCUUAUUCCAGUGAAUACGGAAGACCUUUUUCAAGAUGAGGGAAGGUUACACCUUGGGACGAAAGUAGAGAAUGAAGAUUUAGAACCAGCAUAUACCACAAAAGCAGAAAAGAACUCAUCUUUACAAGAAGUAUCUUUUGACUCAACUUCACAUGUAGAGGUUGGAACAUUGAUUGAAUUUGAAUAAGAAACUACAUACGUAAAAUAUGGCAGUAUAUAUAAUAUACUCUGUCUCAAUUCAUGGGUUGCUUUGGCUGGUGUGUCUUUUACUCAUCAUUCCCACACAGAGACAACCGGUUAACCAUUACCAACUUCCGGCUGACCAUU